GUGCAGACUCGCACAUCCCGUGCACGGUGCCCCUCAUUCAAAUCUUUGGUCCCCUCCCUCCCCUCCAAGUUUCCUCUGAUCGGCUUUGUUACACUUGAAUGUCUAGCAUUAGCUGUGCCGGAGGCAGAGGUGCUCCACCAGGAAGAGGCAUGUGAAACUGUGGCAUCUUUUUCUCUCUCUUCUUUUUCUUUGAAGGCCAAAGAACUUAAACUUCCUGAAAUAGUUGAAUAGAAGCUGAGCGGACUUUUCUUCUUUCCCCAGAAGCUGGAAACUGACUAACCGUUCAAGCAAGGCUCCAAAGCAGAGAGAGAGCAGCAGUACACUUCCUGCAGGGGACUCCCUGGACUUUCCCCUCUCCCCCCAUUUGUCUCUCCCGGGAGGAGCCAGCAAAAGGCACAUUGUAAAAAUAAAAACUGGACCGGAGCCAGCAAGUGUAAAAUUCUAAGUGGUAUUGACCAGAUCGCGGCGGAUAAAAUAGAAACUUCUUCACUCCCUGAUGGGAAAAGUCUCAGGAGAGAGCUGAAACAUUUCCAGCAGCGGUCAUCUCUUAUUUCCUUCUCCAAAAGCCGCGAUGCAGCCCUAACUUAAAAUAAAAAGGGGGCUGAACCCUUGGAUUUGAAGGAAGGAGACCCAGUGUAUGCCAGUGAGAUCACAACAUUGAUACCCUCCUUAGUUUGACCUUCAAGAGGAGAAGACUUCUGACCCCUUGACACCUUUCAGUCCAUCUGAAUCUAUGACUGGGGGUUCCACCCUAGCCCCACCCUUUGCUGUCCCAUUGCAGAAAAUGGGUUCAUUUAGAAGGCCCAGGCCUCGCUUCAUGAGCUCCCCAGUGCUCAGUGACUUGCCACGUUUUCAAGCAGCACGACAGGCUUUGCAGCUUAGCUCCAACUCUGCGUGGAACAGUGUUCAAACAGCAGUGAUAAAUGUGUUCAAAGGGGGAGGCUUGCAAAACAAUGAACUUUACACCCUCAAUGAAAACAUCAGACGUUUGCUGAAAAGUGAACUUGGAUCCUUCAUCACAGAUUAUUUCCAGAACCAGCUCCUUGCGAAGGGCUUGCUGUUUAUAGAGGAGAAGGUUAAGCUGUGCGAAGGUGAGGAUCGCAUUGAUAUCCUGUCUGAAAUCUGGGAUCACUUCUUCACAGACACCCUUCCCACGCUCCAGGCAAUAUUCUACCCUGUCCAGGGUGUCCAUGAACCUACAGGCCCCAGCAAGGGCUACAUACUGCUGGAAGAGCUGGUCAAACAGGUGGUCUCUCCAUACUUGGGCUUGUGUGAGGAUCACAGCUUCCCUGGCGGCACCUGCGCACUCGAGAGACGGUAUUCCAGAUCUCGUCCCAAGGCAAACCUGCUGAGCUACUCUUCCCAUAGCGUGACGGCUCGGCAGCCCAGCGAGACGGCCCUGACGCCACUGACGGAGCAGGAGGGCGAGGCUUACUUGGAGAAAUGUGGCAGCAUCCGUCGCCACACUGUCGCCAAUGCUCACUCAGAUAUCCAGCUCCUGGCCAUGGCCUCCAUGAUGCACACAGGGAUUGUGAUAGAAGAGCCAGACAACAGUGACAAAUGCCUCCUCCUGCAGCCCAGCUUCAGCCACAGGCAAUGCUCCAGUGAGCCCAGUAUUGCUGAUGGGCCGGAGGGACUGGUAGCAACGGGCAGGCAGGAACCUACGAAACUGAACUGCACCUCUGUCAGCUAGAAGGGAUGUCCCUUCCAGGAGAGAGGACCACGUGCACUAAACCAGAUGAUGGGCGGUUGUAUUCCUGCUGGGACUGAUGGAGAACAUGAGCCUUGGGGAUUUGUUCAUGUUGUGGGAACGGUCUAUGUUCUCAUGUCUCUUGGGAAAGGCGCCCUAGAUUUUUAUCUGACUUUCUAGGAUCAUUGUCAGUGGAGGUACCAGGCUGCUCCCAGCAGAGCAUUCAGGACUGCAAGGGUUUCAGUGUUAAAUGCCACUGUCUCUGUGUUCUGUAGAGCUCCUUCCUGAGCUGCUCAACAUCCAAGUUCCACGGCUGUAGCCUCGGUUCCCUCCCUUUUCCUUUUAGUGAAAGAAAUUAAUCUGAACGUUUUUCAAUCUCAUGCUGAACUCCUUGGUCUCAUUAAAUGGAGCCCUCCUCCAACUCCCAGCAGCAAUUGGAAAGGACUGUGCUAAAAGCUCACUUGGUCCUUGCCCUCUGUUGCUGUGAAACUUUGAGUCUUGUGGAGAACUCCGCCCCAGAUGCUUUGUGGUUUCUGAGGGUGGGGGAGGGAUUUCCUUUCUUCUUUGCUCCCAUUGUAUACAUGGGAGAGACUUCAUCUGAUAUAGCAAGAAGCCCAAAUCAGAGUGAGCUAAAGCUCUGACUGGUUUUUUCUCUUGACAGUAUUGCCUGUCCAUGUUCAGCCCCAGUGUGCAGCCCCUUUGAAGUCAGUGGAGUCUUAUGGGGAGUAAAUGGGGGCAGGAUUUGGUCCCAUGUGUCCUACUUGGACUUCGGCAUCAGGCAUACUGUCAGAAAUGCUAGCAUUGUCAGGAUUCCAUCAUAAGGAGAAACCUAAACAGGUGGCUUCCAAGAGAAAAGGGGCAAUACGGUAACUGAGGGUAUGCUCCUACAUUGGAAAGGUGACUUGAAAGUGGCUUUUUGAGCCUAGCAUCCAUGGGUUCAACCCUGGAGCUGACAUGGGAGAAAUCAGUUUUGGAAUGGUGCUUGAACUUCUAGCUCUUACAGAAUUUAUGAAACCAAAGAUAACCAUCUGGGUGUAGAGACAGGAACUCUAGCUCUGUUGCAAAUCCAUGCAGUGACCUCUGAAGAUAUCUGGCUCAUCUAAAUGUUUUUUAUCCCUUGCAUGUCCUGCAGCUAGAUUUUAGUGGCUUUUGUUUUAUUUGGAAAGCUACAACUGGUCCAGUUCUUAAGCAAUGCUAGUGUCUGUCUGACAGUGGCAUACAGUGCAUUCCACUCUGACUGCUACCGAGGGACCGGUAGGUACUCCAGAAGCUGCUCCCAUAAGAGUAGAGUCAACCUGCUCCACAAAUCCUCCUAGAUAUUCUGCUGAUGUCUUGCUAAACAGAAUUGUAAGUGUAAUUACAAGCUGCUUUAAAUUUCAGACUCCAUUUAAAAAGGAGACACCUCUCCAUCAUCUCUGAGUGUUGCCUGCCCAUGUCCCCGAUGUGCACCCCUUUUGAUGUCCCCAUGGUCAUCAACAUGCACAUGUAGAUAACAGAUAAAUCCAUGAGUGGAAAGGUUUUCUCUGCCUGCCAGGACCUGAAUUCAGGGCUUUGUAUUUCUCUUGCUAUGGGUAAUGACUUUGUGUAAGGUGGUGAGCACAGCUCCAUUCCCAUUCAAUGAAAGUGGAGAUUGCUGGGCAUCUCUCAGGAUUGGGUCUCAAUCGCCUGGACAGUGUCGGAAGUAGAGAUUCUUACGAGGCUGCUGUUAGCAUCAGAAAUACCAGGGAGGAGCCCUGAGCUCUGGAGCUCGUUGCAGCUCCUGUGGUUGGUAACUGUAGGUCUACGAAUGCAUUUGACAAGGGCCUGCUCCUGCCCCUGGUCAAGCUGACUGGAGUUUCACUGUUGGCUUUAGCAGAAGUGCACUGAUUUGGGAGUGCAACCAGCUGUUUGGACUUGGUAGACCAGGGUUUUACUUAUGUUCAAGCCUCCCAAGGAGGAGCAGCACAGAAUGUGCAGCCCAGCAGGAGGAGGGGCAAAAGCGGUUUUAAACCAUUCUUGCUCUACCUGGAUUGUGGGCCUGGGCUGUGCCACCCAGUGUAAAUGAGAGCAGCCUUGGUGGCUAUUCUAAUUUACGGCAGCUUACCCAGGAUGCCUAAGGACUGUGACAAAACCCAGAAUAUUGCCAAUGGCAUAUAUUACAAAGACUUCCCCUCAGGGUGGAUUUGAUUUAAAUCAAAUUGAUUUAAAUCAUGAUUUAAAUCACUAGUCAGGAAGACUUGAUUUAAUCAUGGAUUUCUACAUAAAAGUGCGUUCUUGUUGGGUGUUAUAACUUUAAUACAUAUUCUUCACAACUCAGAGACAGAUGUAGGUUUCGUUUUUAGAAGGUACACACUCUACAUUUUUCAAGUGAUGUGUUCUGAAAAUGUUUCAGGUUAGUUUUACAGCUAUCUCAGAAAAUGAAUGAUUGUUUGGUUAUUUCAUUUACCAAAGGUAAUUGAAGCAGAUAUUUAUGAAGUCACUGGGAGGUGAAC